AUGUGGCUGGCGGUGCUGUGUGUCCUGUGUCUGCUGCCUGGUGGCCCAGCCCUGCCGCUCCCCGGGGAGGCGGGCGGCCACAGUGAGUCGCAAUGGAGACAGGCUCAGGAGUAUCUCAAGAGGUUUUACCCAUCUAACUCAAAACCGAGGGCUUCCAAUGGCAUUGGAGCCCAACUCAAGCAGAUGCAAAAGUUCUUUCGCCUGCCAGAAAGCGGAGUGCUGGACUCCCGCAUAAUAGUGAUAAUGCAGAAGCCCAGAUGUGGACUUCCGGAUGUUGGGGGGUACUCACCAUCUAGAAACACGCCGAAGUGGACUUCCCAAGUGGUCACCUACAGGAUUGGAUCAUAUACUCGAGACAUACCACGUGUCACAGUGAAUCAGUUAGUGGCAAAGGCCUUUAAUAUGUGGAGCAAAGAGAUCCCGCUGUCCUUCAGAAGAGUUACAAUGGGAACUGCCGAUAUCAUGAUUGGCUUUGCAAGAGGAGCUCACGGAGACUUCUACCCAUUUGACGGACCAGGAGGCACACUGGCUCAUGCCUUCCAACCGGGGCCGGGCUUGGGAGGAGACGCUCACUUCGAUCAGGAUGAGCACUGGACGGACGGCAAGGGUAUAGGAGUUAACUUCCUGGUUGUUGCAACCCAUGAACUUGGCCAUUCUCUGGGCCUGGGCCAUUCGUCUGAUCCCAACUCCGUCAUGUACCCUACCUAUGGAGUCGGAGACGCUGAGAAUUUCGAGCUCUCGCCGGGUGAUAUUAGAGAAAUCCAGGAAUUAUAUGGAAACAGAAGUAGUUCAAGGAGGAAGUAGGAACUUCAGGGAGAGCACAGGUUCAUUCAUCAGAUUCCUUAUAACUGUUCUCCAACCAGAGCUAAUGUACAUGGUCCUUGAAUUCCGCUGAGCACUGACUUGGCUCUUGCCUGUAUUGUGGUUGGUUUUCACACAUCUUUAUCUCUCUUCUUCUGGGGAUGAGCCCCUUUAUGGCAUGAGUGACACAUUAAUCAAUGAUUUUCCUCAAGCAACUUCCACUUGGUAGAUAUUAAUAAAUAUUAAAUAGACAGAAAAAUAAAGCUUAUAUUCCAUGGUAAA